UUAAGGAUUUAUUUCUUAAGCUUAAGAGCGAUGAUCUCCACCUGGCUACGUUUCGUCCUUUCACUGUCUCAUCCAAAAGCACGGCACUGGUGCUCGAGAAUUCUAGACUCAUGAGUGAGCUCAGUCAGGGAAGAGGCAAAUGGCCGGGGACGAAGAUCGAAAUCACGGCAGCUCCAUUGUCAAGUCUCCCAGCGAAACUCUCCAAAUUCUCGCUUCAAAGUUCGACAGCCUCCACAUGCUCUCGGCCACGGCAGGAUUUCGGCUAUGGAUAUGGAAGGACUCGAUCCAAAACACUCUCCAGCAGCUCCAGCAGCUAGGCAAGAACAACACCUCCAAAGUCAGGCAAGCUUCAUGUGAAAACUCUCUAGGAAUCGCUGACAGUGAAAACUCGAGCAUAAGUUAUCUCCAGCAGCUAGGCAAGAACAGCACCUCCAAAGUCAGGCAAGCUCCAUCUGAAAACUCUCUAGGAAUCUCUGACAGUGAAAACUCGAGCAUAAGUUCUCUAGCAGCGAGCUCCUCAGGCCAGGAAAUCCCGGACAGUGGCUGCCUCGUGAUGCCGCCAUUCUCCCCUUACUCGGCCACAGUUCCAUGGCACACUGGAACCCGAGCUAUUCUUUCGCAGAUCUUUCCAAAGUAUGGGAACUACUGCGGACCAAACUGGUCGAGCGGUCGACAAAAAGGAUCACUGGUUUGGGACGUACCUCCGGUGGACUGGCUGGAUUACUGCUGCUUCAAGCACGACGUUGGCUACGACAGCCAUAGCCAGGAAGAUCUCUACAAGGCCGACUUGGAGCUUUUGGAGUGUUUGCGAAGGAUGCCACGAGAGAGGCUAGGGCCACACAAUCCGAGUGGAUUUGUGCGGGAGUUCUAUCGAAGCGUGUGCACUCUGGGACUGGAGCGGUUUCUGAUACCGUACAGAAGGACGAUACUGAGGCAGCAGCGUAGAGUCAAGUGAUCUCUAGGAAAUGGACUUCUAGGAUAUUCCACGAACAGAUUCAGCAUAUCCUUAGACCCUUACUUUUACUGUUAAGUGCACUCAUUUGGUCCCUUUAAUAAUCAUGGUGGACAAUGUUUUCUUUUUUGUUA